GCUGCUGAGCAGACGUGUCGAAAUUUUUGUCUGAAAACUGUGAGAGUUUUGAAAGUUUUAAUUUGUUGUACUUGUCUGUUAUUUGGAUUUAGAUUAUAAUGGGAGGAACGAGCAAAGUGAAGGGAAGGAGAAGGUCAAAGAGAGGGAGCACACGAGGAGACAGAAAAGCUCUGACUGAGUUACCCAAGGAGCCCAAGAAGAAUCCACAGGGCAAGCAAAGUAGGCGGAAGAGCCAGGAUAAAGAAACUGAGACACAAUCUAAAACUAAUUACUCUGUCAGGCAGCUCUUAUCACAGGCCACAGACUGCAUGGACACAUUUAACUAUGAGCUGGCACAGAAGUUCCUCCAGAGGGCCAUUGAGGUCGAACCAGACAAUCUUCAGGUUCUAGAAUGUUCCGGCAAUCUCCUCAUAGAAGUUGGCGAACUAGAGAAGGCAAAACAAUGUUUUGGACGUGCAAUAACCCUGUCACCUGACGCUGGUCACUCUAAGUACAUGUAUAUGGGUCAACUAUUUGAAGGGGAUGAAGCCGUGGAGUACUUCAAGACCGGGAUUGAACUCAUGAAGAAAGAGAAGGAGAGACAAGAGAAGGAGCCUGAAGCAGCAUGUGCCGACAAUAAAACAACAGUUGUAACAAAUGGAGAUAUAGCUAGUGCCUACUGCUCCAUGGCGGAAGUCUACCUCACAGAUUCAUGUCUUGCGGCAGAUGCAGAGGAACGCUGCAAAGAGUGUUUGGAGAAGGCCAUUGAGACUGAUAAAGACAGCGCAGAGGCGUAUCAAAUCAUGGCUAGCUACUGGCUGAGCAAAGACGAUAAAGAGAAAGCCAAGAAGUUUAUCGAGCAGAGUCUAUCCCUAUGGUUACCCAAGAUGAAAGCUAUUGAAGAGGACGAGUUGAGCUCAGAAGGACCGACCUUUGACCCCUUGAACCCUUGUUCAAUGACCUAUCAGAAUAGAAUCGGUACAGCCAAGAUUCUGAUGGAGUUGGAGAUGAAUGAGAUUGCAGAAGAGAUUCUGGAAGGCCUCUUGCAGGAAGAUGAUCAAGUUAUUCAGGUCUGGUACAUGCUGGGUCUGAUGAACGUUGAGAAGAAAUCAGUGGAAAGUAAAGCGCCUGCAAGAUUCUUCCUCACGAUGGCCAAGAAGUUGUAUCUCAAGUUGAGAUGUGAUGAUGAGCCGGUGUUACUUCACACUGAGGAGCUUCUCUCCGUCUUAGGACCAGGCGAGGGUCUCGAUGAAUCUUGGCUCAAGAAACAGGAGGAGUCAGACAGUGAUGUAACAGAGGAGGAUGUCCUGAGUAGUGAGGAUGAUUCAGACGAUGAUGAGGAGAAAGUGAUGGACAGGAAGAGGAAAGGGAAGGAGGCGGAAGAGGAGAAGAUGGAGCAUUAGGUAGGUUGCAGGGUUGAGUUGCCAAAUUAAUGAUUCAAGGCACUGGACACUAUUGGUGUUAGCAACAGGUGACCAAGAUUGCACGGUUGCUAGAGGCAGUUUGAAUCCUAUAUUUCAGCAGCAGGUACCGCAACGAUUUAAUAGAUGUUACGUUUCAGGUCAUGGGUUCAAAUCUCACCUUGGAACUUGGGAGGGUGUAGAGUAUAAAGUGCUUACAUAGGUAAAACCAACAAUUAAUAUUUGCCAAAUGUUAUCAAAUUUAAAACAUACGAUUGUAAGGGGCCAUGUCACACCGGGCACUUUACAGGCAACCAGUUCCAGGCAAUCUCCAUGAAUGCAUUCCCGUUUUAAUGUUCACUUAUAACUAUUGUGGAUUGUAAGACAAAGUUUGAAAAAUGACUCUUGUGUUACCAAAGUGGUCCUGUAGCAUGCGCUGCAGUUGGUUGCCUCCAAGUUGCCAGUGAAAAAUACCUCGUGUGACAAGACCUCAAGUGUUGUGCUAGAAGAUUGUGAUUAUCAAUUUAGUAAUUCCAUAAUUUGGAUAAAAUUUUAUCCAAAAGGAGUAAUGUUCUUUGAGUCCAAAGUUACAAUUUGACAAAGUUAAAGGCACUGGACACUAUUGGUAACUCAAAAGAAUUGUUAUCAUAAAAAGUUACGUAAUGAUGAGCAA